AUGUCCGACCAGUGUGUCACCGUCGAGGCACCCAUCAACAUCGCUUUUAUCAAGUACUGGGGUAAGCGUGAGGGUGGAGAGACGCUGAUACUCCCCACAAAUGACUCUUUUAGCAUCACGCUCUCCGCAAGCCCGUUUCGUAGCAAAACCUCCGUGGAACUCAGGGACGACAUCGAGACAGACACGUUGCGACUGAACGGCACCGAGGUUGAUGUGGGAAAGACUCCACGGGUCCAGUCGAUGCUCCUUCAUCUCAGGAGCACAUGCCCCGAAGACCUGAAAAACAAAAAGGUGAACAUCGUAUCGGAGAACAACUUCCCAACUGCCGCUGGGAUGGCCUCUUCCGCUAGCGGCUACUGCGCCAUGUCGGCGGCGCUCAUCCGUGCUUUCAAGUCCACCACUAACGUCUCAAUGCUUGCUCGCCUUGGAUCUGGCAGCGCCUGCCGCAGUGCCUUUGGGGGUUUCGUUAUAUGGAACAAGGGGGAGAAACCUGAUGGUAGCGACUGUGUGGCCACACAAUUUGUUGACGAAACGCAUUGGCCCGAGAUACAGGUGAUGUGCGCUGUCCUUAAAGGGGCACAGAAGGAUGUCUCCAGCACCAAGGGCAUGCAGCAGUCCCUCAAAACGUCGCCUUUGAUGAAGAAGCGCAUCUCAGAAACCGUACCGGAGCGCAUGAAAAUUGCCUCGAGAGCUAUAAAGGCGAGGGAUUUCGCAACCUUUGCAGAGAUUGCAAUGCUUGAAUCGGACGACCUGCAGGAGAUAUGCGCGACCACCGAACCGAAGAUUACGUAUGCGACGGAGGACAGCUACGCGAUGAUCCGCCUCGUGAAAGCCUACAAUGCGAAGAAGGGCCGCACAGCACUGGCUUACACCUUCGAUGCCGGGGCGAACUGUUUCUUGUUUGUUCUUAAGGAGGACCUUCCUGAAGCCGUGGCUAUGCUCAUGGAGCACUUCCCAACACCAUUCGAGAAGUUUUUCUUCGGAGACCGCGAGUUACUUGAGAAAGUCAAGGUUGUAUCGCUUCCCGACGAAUAUAAGAAGCUGAUUGACCACCCGAAGAAGCCGUUUGAGAUGUUACUGCAGUCCCCUGUCGGGUGUGGGGUGAAGUAUCUCGGCCCCUCCGAGUCACUCAUUCCACCUCGGGUAUGA